ACUUCCAGAGCUCCGUGCGAGAGGAGAGCCGGGACCGCGCUCAGCCGCCAGGAGAGCCCAGCACGCACGUCGACCAGGAGGGCGCGGGAGCAGCGCUGAGCGCAGGAUGCGCGCGACCCAGACCGCGGGGCCAGUCUACACUGCCGCGUGGGUCACGUGGCCCGGGCGGGUCCGCCGCUGUGCGGCCGGGGGGCCGGGGGUGCGCGGGGCGGGGGGCUGCGAGCGCGCGCCCGCCAGGCUCGCUCCCUGCGCGCUGCACUGGCCUCUGGGCGCGGGAGCCGCCCCCGGCCCCCCCGCGCUCUGCCCGCCGCGGGGCGCGCGCCCUCUAUAUAGCGCGCCCCUGCCCGGUCCGCGCCAGGCCGCCUGCCACGGAGUGGGCACCGCACGGCGCGCAGAGCCCCGCAGACAGACGCCCGCCGCUGCCGCCGCUGCCCCGACGGCCGCCCCGCGACGCAGCCGCUGCCACCGGGCCCCCAAGGCCACCAUGAAGAAGGAGGUGUGCUCAGUUGCCUUCUUUAAGGCCGUGUUAGCAGAGUUCCUGGCCACCCUCAUCUUCGUCUUCUUUGGCCUGGGCUCGGCACUCAAGUGGCCCUCGGCGCUGCCCACCAUUCUGCAGAUCUCCAUAGCCUUUGGCCUGGCCAUAGGUACCUUGGCCCAAGCCCUGGGACCUGUGAGUGGUGGCCACAUCAAUCCAGCCAUUACUCUGGCCCUCUUAAUAGGCAACCAGAUCUCUCUGCUCCGAGCCAUCUUCUACGUGGCAGCCCAGCUGGUGGGUGCCAUUGCUGGAGCAGGCAUCCUGUACUGGUUGGCGCCAGGCAAUGCCCGGGGUAACCUGGCCGUCAAUGCGCUCAGCAACAACACAACACCAGGCAAGGCCAUGGUGGUGGAGUUAAUCUUGACUUUCCAGCUGGCCCUCUGCAUCUUCUCCUCCACGGACUCCCGCCGCACCAGCCCGGUGGGCUCCCCAGCCCUAUCCAUUGGCUUGUCGGUCACACUGGGCCAUCUUGUGGGGAUCUACUUCACUGGCUGUUCCAUGAACCCAGCCCGAUCUUUCGGCCCUGCGGUGGUCAUGAAUCGGUUCAGCCCCUCUCACUGGGUCUUCUGGGUAGGACCGAUCAUGGGCGCCGUCCUGGCUGCAAUCCUCUACUUCUACUUGCUUUUCCCCUCCUCGCUGAGCUUCCACGACCGUGUGGCUGUGGUCAAAGGCACAUAUGAGCCGGAGGAGGACUGGGAAGAUCAUCGAGAGGAGCGGAAGAAGACCAUCGAGCUGACGGCACACUGACCAGCACUGGGCAGGGGCCAGUCCCUCAGCCCCUGGACCACUGGAGAAAAGAAAGACGAAGAUUUUGGAGCACCUCUCCCCAACACCCUCUCAGCUGGAGAGGCAGCAUUGGAUCCCAUGCUGCACACGGGGAUGGGAUGGGAGCAGAAGCCCAUGAUGGGACACUAGGGUGUCGGCCAGGGACAGGGCCUCUUUGGAAUUAGGCAGAACGACUGCCACAGCUCAGACCUCAGAGAUUGUGAAGGCAGUGCCAAGCUCACAGGCAGUCCAGAACCACCCCAGAAAGGGGCGAUAGCCCUGUUUAUCUCUCCAACCCAGUAUCUCAUGUGCCAAAGCCUUCCCCCAGGUAGACAGAGGGGACAUUCCCUGAGAGCUCUUCAGGAGAGAGAUAGAUGGUUCGUCGAGUGCCAUCUUAUUUAUUUCUGGUUAAGAUGGGGGAGGGGGCGCUGCUGGUAUUCGUGUUGGGCAUUUCCCAUUAAACCACCAAUCUUCAUAUUGUG